AUGCACUCACAAGGCAGCAACUCAUCGUGGCCGCCAUCCUCAUCGUCUACAUCGACGCACCAUCCUCCAGCGCGCCCUCAGCAUCCUGCUUCAAAGCCCAAACCUCCUCAUGCAAAGCCCAAACCAAACCAACACGUAUCCCAUCCCCAGCAGCCCGCUGCCCAGUAUAACCCUGCUUACGCAUAUGCUUACUACAACGCGUAUGCUGCUGCCUAUGGUGGCCAGCUGCGCGGUGUAGGUGCGAACGAGUAUAUGGGCACGAUUAACCCUGGAUACUGGUAG